GAGACGCAUGGGACCAUGGGAGUUGCGAACUCAUUAGUAGAAGAAGUUCCACCCGCGGCGUUUACACUAUUCCUCAGCAGAUUCCAUAUAACUGAAGUCGGGCAUUAAAGUGCCGAUUCUAUGCGAAGCUUUUGACCGAGUUUGGCAAAUUUUCUCAGCGCAUCCGGCGGCUCCAAUUUGGGACGAGCUGGUUUGACAUCCGGUCGAGGGCGUCUAAAUAAUUUUCCGUUUCUGAGGAAAACUUGGCCUUCAAUCCCCGCGCACAUCCUCUCUCUCAUGAAUGCCUUCCCUCUUCUCAAAUCUCUCGACUUCCAGCCCAGAAUCCUCCCGCCAUCGUUCCUUUUCUCUCUAUAUAUCCGUUUGUUUCGUACUCCUUCAGUAGAGAGAGCUAUCACAGAGCCUCUGAACUCCCUCCAAUGCGGGCAUCUACUUCAAAUCAUCACCAACUUCAAAUCACUGGAGAAAGGGCGGCGGCUCCACGCCCACAUGGUCGCCUCCGGCGUCCUCCUAGACAACACAUAUCUAAGCACCAAGCUAUGCGCUAUGUAUGCCAUCUGUGGGAGCAUGGCCGAUGCCCGAGCUUUAUUCGACGGAAUUGCUCUGAAGAACCCCUUUUUGUGGAAUGUGAUGGUCAGGGGCUAUGCUUGCAGUGGUUUCCCCCUUAAAGCUCUUGACUUGUAUCGCGACAUGUUGAGAUCCGGCAGAAAGGCCGAUAAUUUCACGUACCCAUUUGUUCUGAUGGCUUGUGGUGAUCUAUUGCUCAUUGAAGUUGGAAAAAAAAUUCAUUCUCAGAUAAUUGUUUGUGGAUAUGAAUCGGAUGUUUAUGUUAGUAAUUCUCUUCUGUCGAUGUACUCAAAAUUUGGAGAAAUGAAGCUUGCUCAGGACCUAUUUGAUAAAAUGCUGGCAAAAGAUUUAACUUCUUGGAACACGAUGAUUUCAGGUUAUGCGAAGAAUAAUGACUCAGUAAGGGCUCUAACGGUCUUCGCUGUUCUGGCCAUGGGUGGAGGAGGAAUGGACCGAGCAACUCUUCUCAGCAUACUGCCUGCCUGUGCCAAUACGGCGGCAUUAAAGCAAGGGAAGGAAAUACAUGCUUACAUGCUGCGAAACAGUUUGGAAUUUGAUGAGUUUUUAAUCAAUGCUCUCAUAGAUGUCUAUGUAAACUCGGACUUUAUAGCUGGUGCGAGGUGUUUGUUUGAGAAGAUAAGUAGGAAAGACACGGUCUCAUGGAAUUCCUUGAUUGCUGGUUAUGCUCGUCAUGGUGAUGCUGUUGAAAGCUUAAAACUUUUCUGUCAGAUGAACUCAGAAGGUAUGUUUCCUGAUGAAAUUACUCUUGUAUCAGUGCUUGGUGCUUGUGACCGGAUAGCAGCAUUGCAAUUUGGCUGGAGUCUCCAUGCUUAUCUCACCAGAAAGGGAUUUGAUAACAUGGUCAUCGUGGGGACUGCUCUUAUAGAUAUGUAUGCCAAGUGUGGAAGUUUAGAUUGUUCUCGUCAAGCUUUUGAUGAGAUGCCAAUGAAAAAUCUGGUUUCUUGGACUGCCAUGAUUUCUGGAUAUGGACUUCAUGGAAGGGGAAGAGAGGCUGUUGCUUGCUUCAAUGAAAUGAAGAGAAAAAAUAUGGGACCCGACAAGAUAACAUUCACCUCAGUUAUAUCAGCAUGUAGCCAUGCAGGAUUGGUUGAUGAGGCUAAGGAAAUUUUCAACCAAAUGUCAAAGGAAUAUUCAAUAAGCCCCAGUGUUGAGCACUACUCAUGUAUGGUAGAUCUUCUUGGAAGAGCUGGCCAUUUAGAUGAAGUGUACAAACUAAUUUUGGACAUGAAUGUGGAACCUAAUGUUGAUGUUUGGGUAGCUUUUCUUUCUGCUUGCCGCAUUCAUCACAAUGUUGAGCUGGCAGAAAUUGCUGCUCAGAAUGCUUUUCGUUUCAACCCAAAGGGCAUUGGUGCUUAUGUCUCCCUUUCCAACUUAUAUGCUGUGGAAAAGAGGUGGAGUGACGUAGAGAGAGUGAGAGCCACAGCAAGGAUGAAUGGACUGAAAAAACCACCUGGUUGCAGCUUCAUUGAAUUGGAUAUGGAAAUUCAUAGGUUUCUGGUUGGAGAUAAGUCACACCCACAAUCCAAGUCCAUAUAUGCCAAGUUGGACGAAUUAAGACAACAAUUGAAGAAAGCUGGAUAUAUCCCAGAUACCAGCACAGUGUUUUAUGAUGUUGAGGAGAAUGUGAAGGAAAAGAUGCUCUGGGAUCACAGUGAAAGGCUGGCCAUUGCUUUUGCUUUAUUAAAUACAUCUCCUGGAAUGACCAUUAGGAUCACAAAGAACCUUCGGGUAUGUGGGGAUUGCCAUACAGCAACUAAACUAAUCUCCAAGCUUGUCAGUAGAGAAAUUGUUGUGAGAGAUGCCCAUCGGUUUCAUCACUUUCGCAAUGGAUCGUGCUCCUGUGGUGAUUAUUGGUGAACUUAUGCUUGAUGGCAAUUCAAGCUUUUUUGAAGGAUCAGCAGAUUUUAGCACAUAAACUAAUAAUUGAAAUCUUUCCUGAAAUUCUCCAAUGCCUGGAAAAACCCAUCCUUGGGGCUGUGGAUAGGAGGGGUAUCUCAGCUCUCCAGCAGGGCCAAGGCCCACCUCUAUAUCUGUGAUCAGA